CCGACAAUACAGUUGUCUGAAACCAGUUGCUCAAUAUAGGCUGUAUCGAUAGCUGAGGUAAUGGCGAUGUCCGAGAGGACACAAACUAACUCUCUUAUUUCAGUACCGUUUGAUAGUUUCGUUUCCUUUAUUGCUUCUUUGCCUUUGCUUUGUUUUGUAUCAUGUGUGACCAUUGCUACAGUCUGGCAUUUUGAAGAAACCACAUGGACCCAUUGUCAAGUGAGUACAAUUAUGCGAGCGUUGAUACUAAACUUGUCGCUAUUCCUACCUCGUAAGAGUUUAUGACAAGCUUGCAGGUACAAAACCUCUAGAUCUCACUGAGUGCCGAAUGCUAUAUCCCUUCGAAAAAAACACGCGCACUGCGUUUGCCACCUUUUUUGGACUCGACAAGAUGAAGACUAAAGGAGGUUCAUUCGGUCUGGCUGUGAAUGAACAAAAUAGGUGGUUUUCAUGCAAUCUCGGGAGACACAAAUAACAAUGGUGAAAUGAACAAAUGCUGGUGGACAAACAAAGCGAGCUAAUGAGCGGUCUUUUGUUUACCGUCCACGAGCAUGGCGGCGAUGACUUAACGUGAAAACGACAAUUGUGCCACGUCGUGACCAACUCAUUUUUUUGUGUUCAUUUUAUUAACUUAGGCCAUCCCCCUUUUUUUUGGUUUCAGCAUCAAAUGCGUUUCCUGAUGUUGAGUCGGUCGAUCGGAUUGAAAAACAAAAGCCUAAAAGAAAAAUUACAAGAAGUCUCUGAAUAGGAGGCCCUGGUACCCCAGGAUGGCGUUAAAAGUUAACAUUCACCCCACAUAUUUGGAUUAACAAAAUGCACAAUAUACGUACUGUAAAAAAUGUUCUUGUUUUUGUUUCUGUUUUUCUCUAUGCUGUUACAAUGCUCAUUUGUCAGAUUAAAACAGGAGCCCAUCCUGAUUAAAAGAAGUAUUUCAAGUGAACAACAGUUAAACUACGUCGUAACUUUUUUUUUUUCGGAAAAUGCCAAAAAUUUGGGUCAGUCAGACGACGCUAAACAGAGAAAAAAACAAAGGAUGGCCUUAAGCUUAAGCUUAAGCUUUAAUCUAAUCAAAAAUCAGUUUUUUGAAAUAAGCUUAAGCUUUAAUCUAAUCAAAAAUCGUUUUUUUUUUUAUCUAAGCUUAUGUAUAGGCUAAAAUCAGGAGUGGACUGUGGACUCUGGACUCUGGACUUUCCUUUAUAUAUGUUCUGUAUAGAAAAUUGUGAAGGGAUAAGGGGGGUUGGUGGGGGUUAGGGGGGAUGCAGUAGGGUUAGGAUUAGGGCCUUAGGGGUCCAGGAACAAACUCCUAUUUUUUUCUUAUCAUCUCAUGCAUUUCGUCCCUAUUUACUGUAAAUCUAUGACUAAUUCAUACUUAAGCUAUUACUGAUCUUGCAACACUUUAUUACUGUCAAACUCAGGAAACCGUGAACGCCUGAAAAAUUUCAGGAAUGUUGAUUGUGUACUGGCCAAUCACAAUAAAGUUCAGGAUACGUAAGCAAACCUCAAAACCACAUAUUAAUUACUGCUGCUGUUUGCGGUUUAGUUAUCUUGCACGUUAUUGGCUUUUUACUCGCAACACAAUAACAUUUCAUAAAUAUUUCUGGUGUUCAUGUUUAGUGACUUUCACAGUAAGUGAGCCAAAGAAAUAUACUGUUAUACCAAGAGCUAGAAAACAAACAAUGGCUCUGGAAAGCAUAAAUUCCUCCUGUCAGUCAAUAUCAGAGUUAGAGAUUUUUUAUUAAUCUACAACAGGCCUGUUAUGUUUAUAUCUUAAAGACCUGUUGACGUACAAGUCUUUUAUUUAUUGGGAAAAUUAUCAACGUCAAUUAUGUUAUAGUUAUUAUCUUAAAGUUCACUUUUUUAGUGCUGCCAUUUUGGUGAAAUUCUCUCAAAUUGUGCCAGAUUCUCAAGACUAUAAAAAGAUUCCAAUUUUGACAUUUUCAAUAGUGAACAAGCAAGCUUGACAUAACCACCUUCCACCACUCCACCUUCAUUCACGGAAGGAGGAGGUGUGCGUGCGAAACAGCCUGGAUGAGUAACAUGUUUGUAAAGAAAUAGAAAAAAAGAAGGAAAAUCAGCUAAGAAAAGAAAGAAAGUGGUGGAAAUCAGUGGAAAUACAUAUAUCCGGUAGCUACCUACUGCACCCCCCUAUCCCCCACCUACCCCUCCCCAUCCCUUCACAUUUUUCUAUACAGAACAUAUAUAAAGUAGAGUCCAGAGUCCAGGGUCCAGUCCUGGUUUUAGCCUAUACCCUUAUGCUCAUUUCCUAUCCUAAGAAAUUUACAACUAAUUGAAUCUAACAUCUGCGGUUUGACCUUAAUGAGAUUCUAAACCUCUGAUAAUUGAUUGUGUGUGCACUUGUCAGUGGAGAUAGCACUGGUAUUGAACUUCUAUGAAAUUAGAAUUGCGUUGUGCUCCCUAAACAACAAAAUAAACAGAUCAUAAGUCCCAGAAGGUGACUCCCUUACAAAGCUAUAAAGGGGGCAGUGAUACUCAUGGGUAUUUUGGCUUAAUUUUCAGUUUGUUAACUUAGAAAAAUGGCAUUGAAGGCUUGGAGUGUGUCUUAUAACCGAGUGCGCCUUCUAACCAAAAAAUAACAGUAGAUAGGAACUGUUUUAGCUUGGUUAGAAAUACAUAAAAAACAAACAAAACAAAAAAGUUUUUGUAGAUUGACGUUGUCUUGUUUAUAUUUGUUUAGGUUCCAAACUACCUACCAUCAAUAAGUGCUGCGAUAGGAGGUCAUCAACCAGAGAAGUUUAUUUGGCACAUUGGAAUUGCUUUGCAUUGUCUUCCACGUAUAUUAUUGUUCCCAGCGGCAGUUCAUAAACAUUACCAAAGUACCCUGUCAGGCCGGAAACACAAUUUAACAACAUGGUGGUUUUGGCUGCUCAACCUUUUAACCAAUAUUUCACAAGUAGUGGAAAAUGGAGCUCUCUUAACACUAACUUAUAUCUCUUCCAGUGACAACUUUGGUGAGCUUCUCAAGGGUCUUUGAUGUUCAUAAUAUUAUUAUUGAUAUGGUUGGUGCUGGGCCAAUUUGUUAUGAGAGGACAGGCCCUCAUGUCUUAAUACUAUUGUUCUAAAUAUAGUUGGUAAAUUGUGCUGGGUUUCUGAGAGAUCACACCACAUGCAUGCAACUAGACAGGGUUAGCUAUGUUGUGGCAGUUAUGUGAUUUCUACAGGCUGACAAUAAAUCAGUGAUAGUGCAUGCCUUUGGAUGGAUUAUAGUGCUUUAUCAAUUCAAGUUAGGUAUUUAAUUUAUAGUUUGUAACUGAUGUCCUUAAUUCUUUUACGUGCAACAAAAUAGACUUUUAAAACAGAAAAAUCCAAUGAGAAAUAUAGCAUGAAGUAAGGAAAAUAUUUCCCACCCUUGGUUAAUUUGACAAAUUAUUGACAACUUUACUUCUUUAUGUUGUCAUUAUCAUUAUUAUUAUUAUUAUUAUUUAUUAUUAUUAUUUUUUUAUGUUGCAGAUGUCCAUGAAGGAUCUUUUAUAGUGUUUAUGGUUUGUUCAAUGAUCUACAUGUUUUUCUCUUGUGUUUUGUUGAAGUUGACAUCAAGCCAACCAAUCACCACAGAGGUUUGCAACAUAACUUUAUUUAUCACCAUAAGGAUUGUGGGGGGGGGGAGUGGUUGGUGGAUGUGGUGCUGGGGACGAGGUGGGAGUAGAGAGGUAAUUGAGAAGUAUUUACUCUUCGGUCAUUAUGAUUUCCAAAUCACUAACUUUUGUAUGUCAUUGAUCAUCAAUGGAGUAAUAUUUCUAAUAAAAUAAAUAAUUACUUUAUAGAUGUAAUUAAUUGUUGCGCUCAAGUUUCUGCGUUAAUUCAACUAUUAGAUGGGGAAUCAAACAUCUCGGGAUUUCUUUUAGUUCUACUUUUUCUUAUUUUUUUUUAGGAAAGUUGUUGAGGCCUCAACAGGGGUCACCUUUGAAGUAUCAUUUUUUAAUUCUGUUAAUGAAAGUACAGUAGCCUGUGGUCACCCUUAUUGUAGGUCGGAAUACUCCCAUAUCCCUGGUGCUUAAUGAAAGCCACGGUGUGAGUGUCUUUGUUACAAAAAAAAAUGUUCAUUAGCAAAUGUUUCUUUAUUAUAAUAAAUUUUCAAGUUUGUUUGCUCUUGUCCUUUCCACAGGAACAUGGAUUUUUAAAAAGAAAAGUCUUCAUUGUGUUUUUCAACUAUUGUUCAUUUGGCCUGGCUGUCUAUUUCUACUUUAGACAUGAUGGGUACUGUGAACCAGGAGGUAUCCUUUGAAACUUUUCACUCAGCUUCUGGAAAAAAUUAAGCUGCUAUUCAUGAUUUACAUAAUUAACUUUAGUUCUUUAUAGUAUUAGAUUGGCCAAACUGGUUUUAGCUUCAAAGUCUGUCGAGCGCGUGUGAGAAAAAAUGUAGACCACGUGAGAUUUUUUGAUCGCCAGUGCAAAGGGGGUAGAUGUGGGGGAAGAUUUUCUUUCUCGCCCUCCAUGCUUGUUCUCUUGCUUCUCACUCGCUCUCACGCACUAGCCGAUGUUUUCAAAAAAGAACAAAAAGAAAAAUAAAACAACGUCUGUGCACAGGCUAGGUUUUAGCACAUACAUUGCAAGCAUUUUUAAUAAAGACACACAUACAAUAUAACAGCACCCGUAACAGCCCUCUAUUAGAAAGAUACCAUAUUAUAAUAAUAGGCCAAGAUGAUUCUGUCUGGGGUACUGUAGGGAGGCUUGUUUAAGUGAAUAAUAAUGUGACAUGUCAAAAUUAAUGUAGGUGAAUUUUUUUAAACCAGGUUGAUUCUCUAUAUUUUUUGUCUCCUGUACCUAAUUAUUAUAUAUUAGGGCUAAGAGACAAGGGAAAUUGAGAAUCAACCUACGUUAAAAAAUUAACCUGAAUUUUCUUUUGACCUGUAACAAAUAAAAUACCAGGGUGUUCAUUAGGCAUCAAAUUCUCCAUUUACUACGCAGAUUUCCUCAGCUAACAUUCAGUACCCUAAGACUAUUUUUUAUUCAGCCGUGGAGCCUUUUUCAGAAUAUUCUCCUGUAACGUUACACCCUUCCUGCUACAAGAAUUCUUAAUGAAAAGCCUUCUGUAUGUAAUGUUAUAUUUAACUGAAAUUUUAGAAGAAGCAUGACAAAGGGCUCCAUGAAAACGUCCCCAUGGCCCUGCACUCAUUUUUAUUUUGGAGAGAACUUUUUCAUGAAGGCUGAAGCCUUUUAUCAUGCUUCAUAAGGGCACGCAUACUGUAAAGUGCAAUCAUUGUGACCAGCUAUUAGUUGGUAGCCAAUGUGAACAAAACUGUUGAAAGGCGCUGUUAUGUCUUUUGCUUCGGAGUCCAAACUUUUUAGUCCUGUUAAUUUAGGUUUCUGGGAAACCCAUGUACAUUCGCCUAAUCCUCCUCUUUGCCAACAUUUUUCCCUAAGUGAGAAGCAUUAAUGUUGGCUUAGGGAAGGGGUGGGUGGGCAGUUUUGCAGAAACUUAACUUGAUCCACUAGGACUUUACAAAUCUUGAAUUUAAAAUAAUACAUUUUGUUUUAGCUGCAAGCUAGGCAUGGUUAAUUCCUAAGCUACAUCUAUGCUAACUGCUUUUAAUGAUCAAAACUUUGUUAAGUUCUUUACCUUAACACAUUCUGUAGUUUAUACCCUGUUUGCGCUAUGUGAGUACUGCACAAUUGUGUCAAACAUACUUUUCCACUGGUUUAGCUUGACAACUCAUUUCAAGGGAGCUGUGUUAUUGUUGGCCUAUGGUGAAAGCGACACAUCAAAGAUGUCUUGA